AAAUAUUAGUAAAAAACAACAGACCUCUCUCUCUCUCCUUCCUCGCAACUUCGCAUAGGCUUGUUGAGAACGCCUCUUGACUCUUGACCACAUCCCUCCUAGUCCUACUCUGCCAUUUCAAUUCUCGAUCGAAAUCUCCCUAAAAUCAAUUUGUCGGAGAAUGGAGCCACAACCUGACGACCAGCGAGCCCAUGCCGUAGUCAUAAUCACUCUCCCACCUUCCGAUGAUCCUUCCCAAGGCAAAACUAUCUCUGCCUUCACCCUCACUGACCCACCAAACCCGACUUUUCAACCCGGCCCCCCGGAUCCCGGAUUCUGGCUCUCGGAUCUCUCCACGGGCUCGCCGAGGCUAGUGCUGAGCCUUAUCGCUAUUUCGCUUCUCGCGGUUGCUUUCUACGCCUCUGUUUUCCCCAACACCGUUCAGAUGUUUAGGGUUUAUGAUGAUGAGAGGGAUCGUGACGAUGAACCCAAUCGCCGCGAAACGUCGUCGUUUGUCUUCCCCGUGUACCACAAACUGGGUGCCCGCGCGAUUCCAGACCGGAAGUUAGCGGAAGUUGUGGAUGUACUAAAAACUGGAAUCCUUGUGGAGUCAACCGAUCAAGAGCUGGUGAAAGUCAACGAUGAUUUUUCUGCUCUCGCUGCUUCUUUUGACUCCUCCACUACGAUUCUUCCCGUUGCUGGAGAUGUCUAUCCUAAUGGGCUUUACUUCACACGGAUUCUUGUUGGAAAACACUAUUUCUAUCUUGACAUCGAUACUGGAAGUGACUUGACUUGGGUCCAGUGUGACGCUCCUUGUAGGAGCUGCGCUAAGGGAGCAAAUCAACUAUAUACACCAAGAAAAGGUAUGUUAGUGAGAUCCGCGGAGUCCUUAUGUGUAGAAGUUCAAAAGAAUCAAAUGACACAACAUUGUGAGGAUUGUGAGCAAUGUGACUACGAGAUUGAGUAUGCUGAUUUUAGCUCUUCCCUUGGAGUUCUCACCAAAGAUGAGUUUCAUAUCAAUCUCCACAACGGCUCUGUUGCCGACUUGGAUAUUGUUUUCGGGUGUGGAUAUGAUCAGCAAGGGCUGCUGUUAAACACUCUGGUUAAAACAGACGGGAUCCUCGGUCUAAGCAGAGCUCAAAUUAGCUUGCCUUCUCAACUUGCAAGCCGAGGUAUCAUCAGCAAUGUGAUUGGCCACUGCCUUCCCUCUGAUCUAAACGGUGAAGGGUAUAUCAUCAUGGGAAGUGAUUUGGUUCCCUCUCACGGAAUCACAUGGGUUCCUAUGCUUCACCAUUCUCACUUGGAAGUUUAUCAGAUGCAAGUUUCGAAAGUUAGCUACGGGAAUAGUAUGCUUAGCUCAGACGGCAGAGUAGGCAAAGUCUUAUUUGACACAGGAAGCUCUUAUACAUACUUCCCUAACAAGGCUUACUCUCACCUGGUCAAAUCACUUAAAGAAGUUUCUGGGUUGGGACUAACACUUGACGAAUCAGACAAAACACUGCCUAUCUGUUGGCGAGCUGACUUCGUGAUCAGUUCCUUGUCGGAUGUUAAACGGUUCUUUAGACCAAUAACUCUGCAAAUAGGGAGCAAAUGGUGGAUCAUAUCAAGAAAACUUGUGCUUCAGCCAGAGGAUUACUUGAUCAUAAGCAACAAAGGAAACGUAUGUCUUGGGAUAUUAGAUGGAAGCAGUGUUCAUGAUGGAUCCACCAUUAUUCUUGGAGACGUGUCGAUGCGUGGACACCUGAUCGUGUACGACAAUGUAAAGCGGAGAAUCGGAUGGAUGAGAUCAGACUGCGUUCGGCCUCGUGAUUCUGAUUUCAAUGUACGUUGAGGAACAUCCAUAAUUCUUACAUCCCGACACCAAGCGAGUGUUUGAUAUAUAGUGUAUGUAGUAGGUGUAAUGUUGUAACAUAGGAAAGAAAAGAUUACUCAUGUUUUGAUCUGUAUCUAAUUCAAUUAUGUACUUUGGGCCUUUGGCUAAAUUGAUUUACAGUUUUUACUUUUUAUAACGACCCUGCGAACUUAAAUUAA